AUUCUAUCAGAUCUUCAAUACCAGCAAAUAUGGCCCCUCGAACAGUUGUUGUCAUCGGUGCUACCGGCCUACAGGGCGGUUCCAUAGUAUCAGAGCUCCUCCAGUACCCCAACACCUUCAAAGUCCGGGCCCUCACUCGCGACCCUACCAAAUCCACUGCCCAAUCCCUCGCCGCACGAGGUGCCGACGUCCAACGAGCCGACCUCGAUGCUGGUACUAAUGUUCUCGCCGCCGCCUUCUCCGGCGCGCAUGCUAUCUACGCCCUGACCGACUUUUGGCAAAAGCAAUCCGCUUCUGCCGAAAUUGUGCAGGGCAAAGCCAUCGCAGACGCCGCGGUCCAGAUCCCGACUCUCGAGCACUUUGUCUGGAGUGCACUACCGGACCCGGAGAGGCUGUCUGGUGGCCGAUUUAUGAAGGUUAAUCACUGGAAAAGCAAGAGUUUGGUCGCUGAGUAUAUCCAGCAUGAAAAGCCGGAGUUGUGGGCAAAGACUACGACCAUCCUGUUUCCGAAUUAUUUCGAGAAUUGCCUCACAUCCCCGGAGAGGUAUCUACCUGUGCCUAAUGCGAAUGGGGUAUAUACUUUGUCAUUCCCGCAUAGUCCAGACACGGUAAUGCCCAAUUUUGCGAUUGCUGACACAGGUAAACUUGUGCGGAUUGUUCUUGAGGGCGGCUCGGAAUACUUUACUAAGACAAUCGCAUUCUAUUCCCAAGCCCUUUCUGAGGCGGAAAAGCUGGCUGCACUUGGCGAGAGAUACAACAUCCCAACACAGUACCGCAAGAUCAACGCCGACGAGUUUCAGCAGAUACUCGAAUCUCGGGACGGCAUGUGUGCGGAAAUGGCGGUGGACUUUGCAGAACAAUUGCUGAUCUUCGAGGAAUUCGGAAAUAUCUAUGCUCGGUAUGAGUUUGUUCAAGCCAGAGAGAUCCCGGGCUUGUCCCUCCGGACUUGGAUUGAUUUCCUCCACGAGAAUGAGCGUUUGUAG